UUAGCCAGGUCUGCGCGUGAGCGAGCACGCGCUCCGACAGGACAGGACAGGACUGGACUAGAGGAGAGAGAGAGCGAGAGAGAGCGCAACGGCGGCAGAAAGCAACCAGUCAUGUAAUCAACAAAGAAAAAAUAACUUGCACAAGAAAGAAGUACUGCAGUUUUUCUACACGGAGAGUGUCGAAAACGGGUGGGGAAGGGAGGGUUCCCUUCUUACUUUCCCCCUUUUACGUUUUUAAGCAAAAUGAUGGCGGCGGACGACGGCAGUGAGGAGACGGGUUCGGUUUCGGCGGGGACAGGACUUGCAGGCGGAGGAGGCCCCGAGACGGCCCAUUUUCCGUUCUCUACCAAGCCGAGGUUGCAGAUCAUUGAUUCCGGCCCAGGGGCAGCUCAGAACCUCCGCCACUCACCGGACACGCCGCCGGACAACACACACUCAGAGAUACUAUUGUGUUCGGUGACUGGAGGGGAUUUAGUGGGAUCAGCUCUGUCCACCACUGGGAGUGGCAAUAGUAGUGGGCACGCUGCGUUUGGGACGAGCUCUGGAACUGGGAGUGGAGCGUCCCUCUCCCCUUCGGAGGGAUUGGCCAGUUGCAUGUCGCCCACCUCCGGGAGUCCGGACGGGACUAGUGGCUUUCCCCCAUUGCCACCGCCUCCGCUGCCCUCCAUUUGCGGGACACUUGGCACGGUGGAUGAAAGCGAUGCGUUGGAUGGGCAGGAAUACGAGGAAGAGGAGGUGGCAUUCCCACUUACCGCUCCGCCUACGAAUCAGUGGUAUCACGGGAAGCUGGACCGGACGAUCGCGGAGGAGCGGCUGCGGCAGGCCAGGACGCCGGGCAGCUACCUCAUCAGGGAGAGCGACCGGCGGCCCGGCUCCUUCGUCCUGUCCUUCCUCAGCAUGACCAGCGUGGUCAACCACUUCAGGAUAAUUGCGAUGUGCGGGGACUAUUACAUUGGCGGACGGCGGUUCUCGUCCCUGUCGGACCUGAUAGGCUAUUACAGCUACGUGUCCUGUCUGCUGAAGGGGGAAAAGCUGCUGUCGCCCGUGGCUCCUCCAGAGCCCGUGGAGGACCGGCGGAGGGUUCGAGCCAUCCUCCCGUACACCAAAGUGCCAGACACCGACGAGAUCAGUUUUCUGAAGGGGGACAUGUUUAUUGUUCACAAUGAACUGGAGGAUGGAUGGAUGUGGGUAACCAAUGUGCGCACCGAGGAGCAGGGCCUGAUUGUGGAGGACCUGGUGGAGGAGGUGGGUAGAGAAGAGGAUCCACACGAGGGCAAAGUGUGGUAUCAUGGGAAGAUCAACAAACAGGAAGCGUACAACCUGCUGAUGACAGUCGGGCAAGUCAGCGGUUUUCUGGUGAGGCCGUCAGACAGCACGCCAGGGGACUACUCCCUGUUCUUCCGCACCAGCGAGAACAUCCAGCGCUUCAAAAUAUGCCCCACGUCCAACAACCAGUUCAUGAUGGGAGGGAGGUACUACAACAGUAUUGAUGACAUCAUCGACCAUUACAAAAAGGAACAAAUUGUUGAGGGGUAUAACUUGAAAGAUGCAGUAUCAGUCCAGCACCAGGAACAAGUUCUGUCUGACGUGGUGGACGGAAGAGAAAUCUAUAACACUAUCCGACGGAAAACGAAAGACGCGUUCUACAAAAACAUCGUCAAAAAAGGCUACCUCCUAUUUAACAAAGGUAAAGGAAAGCGGUGGAAGAACCUGUACUUCAUCCUGGAGGGAAACGACGCGCAGCUCAUCUACUUCGAGAGCGAGAAGCGCGCCACCAAGCCCAAGGGGCUGAUCGACCUGAGCGUGUGCUCCGUGUACGGCGUCCACGACAGCAUGUUUGGCAGGCCAAACUGUUUCCAGAUUGUAGUUCAGCACUUUAGCGAGGAGCAGUACAUCUUCUACUUCGCUGGAGAGACUCCAGAACAGGCACAGGACUGGAUGAAGUGCCUGCAGACCUUCUGCAGUAAUCUGAGGAAGCCCACUCAGCCGUCCUCAAACAAGCGCCUUCGCCAGGUGAGCAGCUUAGUCCUGAACGUGGAGGAGGCCCACAAGCUCCCAGGAAAACAUUUCACCCACCCCUACUGCAACAUCUACCUGAACAGUGUGCAGGUGGCCAAGACCCACCCCAGAGAGGGCCAGAACCCCGUGUGGACAGAGGAGUUCAUUUUUGACGACCUGUCCAGUGAAAUCAACAGGUUUGAAAUCAGCCUGAGCAACAAGUCCAAGAAGAGCAAAGAGAGUGAUAUCCUGUUCAUGCGGUGUCAGCUGAACCGGCUUCAGAGGGGCCAGAUGAUUGACGAGUGGUUCCCCCUCAGCUCCCAUGUCCCCCUGAAGGGCAUCGAACCCGGCUCCCUCCGAGUCCGGGCGCGCUACUCCAUGGAGAAGAUCAUGCCAGAGGAGGAGUACAACGAAUUCAAGGAGCUGGUCCUGCUGAAGGAGUUCCACGUCAUCUACGCUCUGGCCCACGUGUGCGGACAGGACCGCACCCUGCUGGCCAGCAUCCUGCUCAGAAUAUUCCGGCACGAGAAGAUGGAGGCGCCGCUGCUGAGGACGCUGAACGAGCGGGAGAUCAGCGUGGAGGAUGAGGCGACGACGCUCUUCCGGGCCACCACCCUGGCCAGCACGCUGAUGGAGCAGUACAUGAAGGCCACGGCCACGCCCUUCGUCCACCACGCCCUCAAAGACUCCAUCCUGAAGAUCAUGGAGUGCAAGCAAUCCUGCGAGCUGAAUCCCUCCAAACUGGAGAAGAAUGAAGACGUGAGCCUGAAUCUGGCGUACCUCCUCAACAUCCUGUCCGAGCUGGUGGAGAAGAUAUUCAUGGCUGCAGAGAUCCUUCCGCCGACAUUGAGGUUCAUUUAUGGGUGUUUACAGAAGUCUGUGCAGGAGAAGUGGCCCAGAAACACCACCAUGAGGACUCGAGUCGUGAGUGGUUUUGUCUUCCUGCGUCUCAUCUGCCCUGCGAUCCUCAACCCAAGGAUGUUCAACAUAAUCGCUGACCCGCCGUCCUCCACGGCCGCACGGACGCUCACGCUCGUCGCCAAGUCUGUCCAGAACCUGGCGAACCUGGUGGAGUUCGGUGCCAAGGAACCCUACAUGGAAGGGGUUAAUCCUUUCAUCAAGAACAACAAGCACCGAAUGAUCAUGUUUUUAGAUGAACUGGGGAACGUCCCUGAUCUUCCAGACACUACAGAGCACUUUAGAACCGAUCUGUCCCGUGACCUCGCAGCCCUGCACGAGAUCUGUGUGAGCCACUCAGACGAGCUCCGCACCCUGAGCAACGACCGGGGAGCGCAGCAGCACGUCCUGAAAAAGCUCUUGGCAAUCACAGAGCUCCUCCAGCAGAAACAGGUUCACUAUGCCAUGUCCAACAGCAACAGGUAGUUAGCCUUUCCACGGAGUCACACAUGGGAUCCAGCAUGCUCCGCCUCCAUCGCCAAGGCAACUCAAGUCAGCCCCUCCUCCAUCCAUCCAUCCAUCCUCCUCCUCCAUCCUCCUCCAUCUCCCAGCGCACCUCUGCCACAUUGUCUGUGCCAUGCGUGCCGUGAACCCGCUACGAAGCCCUACGCGAACGCAGAAACCCCGCCUCCCUCCAGAGCCGACCCGUCCCCCUCCCAGCGUGUCGGCUUGGGUCGCCAUGCUAACGGAUCUCGGUCGUGGGUGCGCGCUUCUUUUGCUCCGCAGAGAAAAAUCCCCCUCUCUCUGCGCCUGAGAAGACCUGGUUAUUUUCAGCACCGAUUGCCAAAGUACCCGUCUGCCUGCGCGGGUAGUCCCCCGAUGAGAAGAGGCGACAGCGGCCACUCGUAUAACUGGAUAAUGGGGUGCCAUGCUUUUUUACUGUAAUCUGUGACUGAUUUGUUUUACGGUUAUGACAAUAUACACCAAGUGCUGAAAACCGUCUUUCCUGUCUAAUUGUAUGUAGUAUUUUGUUCCGACUUUGCAGUAUGUAGGAAAGAUUUGUUGCACAAAGGAGAAAAAAAAAGGUUAUUUUAUACCAGAAUAUAAAUUCUCUUGGCUGGAAUCACGAGCAUACAAUAGAGGUUUGUGUUCUUCCCCUUUUUUUAAAAAUUCUACCAUUAAUUUUGUUUUUGAUUGUUUUCUGUUUGGUUCAGUCUUCCUUGAAACUUCUCAGUACCAGACAAGACACAUAAUCAAUGCAGAUACAAAAACAAAGAAAAGCAAAGUCCAGUGUUUUCAGCCAUAAAAGUUUUUGAAUAAAACAAAUUGUAUCAGGAAUGCAUGCACUUAUUAAACCAUUUUUUGUAAAGUA